AAGCAUUAAUCGUAGGUUUAUUGAGGUCAAAAGUAUUAUUAAUCAGAAAUGAUGUAACAAAAAAAAUUAGUUAGUUUUUUUUCCACACUCGUAUUAUAACGAAAGAGAAAGAAUUGAUUCGAUAAAAAUGAUCCGAUUCACUCAUCAUUCUCCAAAAUAAAAUCAAUAACAGACUAAACCAUUUGCAUAGAUUUCCUUAAGUGUUUUUGUUCAAUAAAAACCUGAUGCGUUGAGGAUAAAGCAGUCAGUACCCAUAAGAUCUUCUGAAUGAUUAAUCGUGUUUUAAAAUUAGUGCACUGGUAAUAUUAUAAAGUACCUUUAACUUCAGUUCAUCUUCCAAAAAUGCCCCCGUCGAUAUUACAUCUGUUACUUUUAUUUGUUUUCCACGUGCAAGGGCAGCGACCUGGUUUCGCAGGGUCCAGGCCCAUCGGGUACCCCGAGCUGUAUGAUCGGCCAACGACACCGAGAGACGAACUCGGGAACCGAUUUGGCGAUGGCAACGCAACAACACAAAACCUGCCCUUAGAAGCAAAAGGAGACAAAGAUUUAGUUGAUCGCCUGAGUAAACUACCUGUUGACCAACAACCAUUUUGGCUAAUAAACUGGCAAGCCUUAGAGGAACAAAGAAAGAAACCUCAAACAUACCCAUUGAGACCAAAUCCUUUCGUAGAUGGUAACACUGAAGCCCAUGGAAGCAAAAAAAACUUAAAAACAACUGAAGAGCAUAACAAACAUCAGAGUAUACCGAAUACAAAUGAUCAGACGCAAGAAUCAAUAAAAUUGAACAAUGAAACUGAUUCGAUGGACCACUUAGAACAAAACUCCCAGCGAAGGACCAGGGAAUCAACUAACAAUGAUUCAAAGAAACCAAACAAAAAAAUGGACACGAAAUCCUUAAAAAUUAAUGAUAAAGUAUCUGCUUUACUUCUUUCAGGAUAAAUUUGGGAAUAAGGUAAAAUGCUGAAGGUAUUCAAACAAUGUUUUGAUGGUAAUAAAACACAUUAUAUUGACUUUUCAAUAAAUAAACCUUAAUCUAACUACUAAUCGUAUUCUAAACACGAAUCCCUACAAGAAUACUUACAUAAAUUAAUAUAAAAAUGCAAUAAUCAUAAUAAAAACUAAAAUUAUGACUCA